AUGGACAACGGAAAUUCCCAUCCUGCCCUUGUGUCCUGCACCGACGACCGCAUCAAGCUCAACGUCGGCGGCAAGUUCUUCGAAACCACCUUGUCAACGAUGCAGGCCGGCGGACCCGACUCUCUCUUAGCCGCCCUAUCGAACCGCUCCACCGACGACCCGAACCCGGUUUUCAUAGACCGGGACCCGGAGAUCUUCUCCGUCAUCCUGUCUCUUCUCCGAUCGAACGGUCUGCCUUCAACGGCUCGCCGAUUCUCCAAGCAAGAGCUUGCCGAUGAAGCCCUCUACUACGGCAUCGAGUCGCAGCUCAAGUCGGCUAUGUCACCGCCUCCUUUCUCCGGUAUCGACGCCUCCAUCGUCACUACCGUCCAACCAGCCUCCGAUGGCUGCCCCUCAGCGAUCGCCACCGGCGACGAUGGCUCCGUCUGGAUUGCCCAUGGCGGCCAGCUGUCGAGCUACGAUUGGAAUCUGAGCCAUUCCGGAACGAUUCGAACGCAUUUGGAGGACAUAACCUCGAUUUGUCGAGUGUAUCCUGACAUCGCCGCCGUAGGAUCCGAAUCAUCUGCGGGGCUUUACUUCUACGACUUCUCCGGCGUGCGAAACCUCGGGUCGAUCCACUGGACCGACCCGAACGAUCCGAGAAUCUUCAAGGCCCGAGUCACCGCCAUUGCCGACUCGCCGGGCUCGGUCUUCGCGUCGUUCGAUUGCCCGCACCGAGAGAAUUGCAUACUCUUGAUCGACAAAUCCACGCUGAAGAUUGUGUCGGAGCUAAGCCGGCAACCGGGGAGCUCGGCGAAGAACCUAGCCGUUGGAAAGCUGAGGUGGCUUCCAGAGACGAGCAUGGUCGUGGGGAGCUCGGUCACGAGCGGCGCGUUUGGGUACUCGGGGUAUAUCCGAAUUUGGGACCCGAGGGCGAAUGAGAUGGUUUGGGAAGCGAUCGAGCCGGGUUCGGGUCGGAGCAGUAGGUUCGGGGACUCAUUCGCUGACGUGGAUGCCGACGUCGAAGAGUCGACCCUGUUCAAGGUGUGUUCAAAGUCUGGGGAUUUGGCAGUGGCAGACUUGCGUAAAUUAGGCGAUGAUCCGUGGGUUUAUUUACAAGACAAGAACCCGAGCAUGAGGAACACAAGCGGCGAUCGGCCUGUUGGCCAUAGCAGUAGUGUAAUUCGCUGUUACAGAAAGCAAGUGUUUGUUGGGAGGGAAGGUGGGUUGGAGGUUUGGUCGAGAGUGGCAAAAGCAGAAAACUGGGUGGCAAUAGAAAAUGGGGUUUGUGAGGGGUGGUAUAGGAGGAAUUUUGUGGAUAAAGUUGAGGAUUCUGAGAGAGGGGUUAUACAGAAAAUCGAAGGCGGCGGAGAUAGGCUCUUUGUGAUAAGAGAAGAAGUUGAAGGUGUUGAGGUUUGGGAGAGCUCUUGUUCUUCUGGUGCAGUUUCAGUUUUGUGA